AUGACUUCCCACCUACGCCAUGUGAUGGCUCACAAUCUUGCUAUCUUUCGACGGCAGCCGUUGGCGGAGAUAUCAGGCUCACUGGGUGAUCUUGGAACCUUCUUGCCCAUAGUCAUCGCCCUGACAGAAGGACACCAGAUAUCUUUAUCAACGACAUUAAUCUUCACCGGCAUCUACAAUAUCCUCACCGGCUUAUUCUUCGGCAUACCUCUGCCCGUUCAACCGAUGAAAGCGAUCGCGGCUGUUGCCAUCCUGAAGUCUCUGAGCGCGGGCGAAAUUGCGGCAGCCGGGAUAUUCGUGUCCAGCUGUAUCUUACUCUUUAGCGUUACGGGGUUGCUCUCCUGGGUGACGAGGGUUAUUCCGAUCCCGGUCGUGAAGGGCAUCCAAGUUGGUGCGGGAUUGAGUUUGAUCAUAGCCGCAGGCACAAAGGCUCUUGCUGCGCUAUCAUGGACGACACCAUCAUGGGCAGACAACUAUCUGUGGAUGGUGCUCGCUUUCGUUGGCUUAUUCGCGCUCAAUGUUUGGCGUAGAACGCCCUACGCGUUAAUCCUCUCCGUCAUCGGGAUUGUUUUCGCUGUGAUCCUCAUUGCUGGCGGUGAACAUUAUCACUUACCAGGCUUCGAGAUCUGGCAUCCUUACACACAGCUCCCCAAAGGGAAAGACUGGAAAACUGGCGUUCUGGAUGCCGGCGUCGGGCAAUUACCCCUGACAACUCUGAACUCAGUCGUUGCGGUGACCCAUCUAGCUGCCGAUCUUCUUCCUGAAAUUGAAACCCCUUCUGUGACUGCGAUUGGCAUCAGCGUGGCCUCGAUGAAUCUCUUUGGGUGCUGGUUUGGCGCAAUGCCAGUCUGCCAUGGCUCCGGAGGACUUGCGGCGCAGUACCGCUUUGGAGCACGGUCGGGAGCCAGCAUCAUAUUCCUUGGUCUUCUCAAACUCGUGCUCGGCGUGUUCUUCGGCGAGAGUCUGACAGGUCUGCUGCACAAAUUUCCACUCGCCUUGCUUUCUGUCAUGGUCAUUGCCGCUGGAUUGGAAUUGGCAAGUGUCGGCGAGAGCCUGAAUACAGCCCGAGCAAGAGACUUGAUCAAAGAGAACAACGAUACAAACGGGGCUGACGAGCUGACAGACGAAGAGAAGCAACAACGCUGGACAGUGAUGCUAGUCACCGCUGGACUUCUGGUGGCUUCCAAAAAUGAUGCCAUCGGCUUCCUGGCCGGGCUGUGUUGUCAUUGGAGCUAUCAACUACCUGAAAACUUCGCCAUCUUGCGGCACGAACGUGACUCUCAUGAAGAAUCUGGAGAACGGCAAGCUUUACUACCAGGGUAUUAG